UCACAUAGCCAAAUCGAGGUUCGCCGCCCAUAACCUCCAUGGGGUACUUCACCAUGUCCAGCUUUUCAAUAUCUCCCCUUCUUACGGUCUGAUCGAGAUGAAUCUCACGAAACUAGCCCCGUUGUGGCUGUGUUGCCCCAAGACUGCAGGACGGCCGGCAAGAAGACAGGCCCUGCCUCACUUGGAAACAAAACGAACCAAGUGCCGCCAUAACGGGAUCGCCCGAUGUCGCCCUGGCGAGAGGAGGGAAGAUGAAGGCAAGGAUGCACGUCGGCUGACACAGGAGGCCAAGGCUGGCCCCUUUUCUGGGCACCUAGGCAAGGCUAGUUUCGUUUCUUGCGGGAAUUGAAAUCUUCCCUUAGCCUCACUGACAAACCUCAUGUGGUGUCCAGCAACCUGCCGGCCCCAGCUCGGAUCCGAUUGCAUCGAGGGUUCCGAAUUCACCCGGGAAAAA